AUGAUUUUUGUAUUUCUUUUUUUCUUGGUUCCUGGAAUUUUUAGUCAUGCAGUGCUGAAAGAUCGAAUAAUAAAAGUUGCUGAAAAUGUCACUGAACUUCAAAUUGAAUAUACGUUUUGUGGAAGUGACUAUACAUCAAGAAGAGGGUCUUUGAUGUUGAUGCCAACAUUAUUUUAUGACCCUCGUAAGGAAUUUAGAAACAUCUUGAGAUAUAUCUAAAUUUACUCCUGAAAAUUUGAAAAUUCUAGUUGCAAUCAAUCAUUGUUGCGCAAUUCACGAUGAUUGUUACGAUCAACAAAACGGACAAGAAAAAUGUGAUGAUGAGUUCUAUCAUUGCUUAAAGGUAAGUAAUUUUUGAUUUCAAAUAGUUCCAAACCUUUUUUUCAGGAUCAAUUUUGGGUGAACCACUUAGUUUUUUAUAACACUGUCAAAUUGUUCGGUUCGAGUGCUUAUAGUCAGACUGCGAAAUGUGAGUUCAAAAAUACAGUAAAUUUAGAAAUCUGUUUCACUAGAUUUUUCAGACAUCCCCAUUGAUGUAAUUCAACCAACAUCCAAUAACACCAAUAUCAAUGAAAUCUAUCUUGAACUAUACACUGCGUGCCCAAAAACAAGAUCAACAAUUUCUUCAUGCGCCCUGAGAUUUGAAAUCUGCGAGAACAACAAAUAUACUCAUUGCAUCGAAAAGGUUUGUCUAGAGAAAUUUUAUAAACAGAAAAAAAAUUGAAUCAGUUUUCAGAUGCAAAGUUGUUUGCAGCAAGUUCUAAAUAGAUCAACGAAAAAAUGUCGAGACACGCUUGAAAAUACACUUGGUGAAAUCAAAUAUGCCUUCGGUUUGGACUUUUACUACGAUAUCUAACUCUGAUUCCGAAAUCAUUUUAUAUGUGAAAUCAAAAAGAAAAAUAAAUAUUUUCCUCUGUUUCCCCUUUCCCUCAUUUCUUACAAUAAAUGUUGUUUUUCGAUUACUCAACAUUGGGUCAAUAAUUACCAUAGCAACGGAAAGCUGGCAAGACCACAUAUAUUUAUUUCUCAUUUUUAUUCCCGUUGUUGUUUUUAUUAUUAGAAAUAUUAUUAUUAUUAUUAUUAUUAUUGACAAGGCAUAGGUAAUUAUUUAUUCAUCAUGAAAAAAACGCCGCUUCAAGUUAAAGGUAUGAUUUUUUUUCUUCCAAAAGAAUUUACAUAUUUAAAAUAAAAUUAUUUAAAGGAAAAUCUGCUCAAGUUGGAGCUCGAGCAAAAUCACAAACCAAUAUUCGGAUACCAAAAAGUAGUACGAGUGAAGCGAUUAGCCAAGAUAAUUUGAAAUUGAAUGAACAAUAUAUUACAAGUCUUCGACAACAGGUUCAAUUAUUGCAGAUUGAGAAUUCGUAUUUGUGAGUUUUUUCAAGUUACAUUUUUGAAAUUAUUUAUGGUUUCGCAUCAGUUUUUUUCAUUUAUGAAUUCAAAAAUAUUUCUGAAUGUUUUCCUGAAAUUUUCAUUCAAAAUAAGGAAACUAUAAUUUCAAUUUUAAAUUUUUCCACAUUAUUUUUGUGAAGCGUGAAAAAUUUUUCAGAAUAAAAAUUGUGCAGCGUGAAAUUUUGAAUAUUUUCAUCAAAGUCCGCUGAAAAUCAAUGAACACUUUACUUUUUCGUGAAAAAAUGUGCCGUGAAAUGAAAACAAUUUUGAAAAUUUUUUUAGCUUCCCGCCCGAAUCGAAAUUUUGGUUUGGGCGGGAAACACAAGUUCCGAUUGAUCUAAAAAAAUUUUUGUGUGCAUUCAAUGGCGCAUACCGUAAAAUUUCGACUUUUUUGUGUCCGACAGCUUUUUCACUUUCACAAAAAACGUCUCUAAAAAUCCUAUUGUUUCCAGAAAACAACCAAAACCAACCGCCUCUUACCAAAGCCAUCAUCACUAUGAACGUCCAUCUACCCAGACCACUCAAAUCCUAACACGAGGAAAUGAAGUCUCCUUAAAUGGUGAAACUUGGUGUCAACUUCCCUCUUUCCACCCUCCCCUUCAAUCAAUAAUCACCGAACGUUCAAUGCAACAAAAAGUUCCAAAGUUAUUCCAACCUCCUUCGGUUACCAAUCCACCGACGACGAUUUCAGAAUCGAGUUUUCGAGAAAAACAAAGUGUUCCGAUUCAGCAUUCAAGGACUAAUUCAAUAAGGUAUAUCGAUUUUGGAUUUAAAAAAUAUUGUGAAAAUGAAAAUGAUUCUAGAGAACGUCAAAUCCACGUGGCUGACACGGAACUGUUACACGAGUUGGAAGAAGCAGCCAUGGUAACAUUUCAAGUGUUUACCCCUGAUUUAAUUAAGAAAAAAAAUAUUUUCAGCAAAUUCAACACCUCGAAAAACAAUUGAAAAAUAUGCAUGAAAAAGAUGAUGAUCAUAUAAAAGUGAUCAAUUCGUUAAGCGCAAAAAUUAAGGAAGUUGAGAAUUCAAAAAUUGUUGGGAUUGGUGAGAAUAAGAAAUAUUUUGAAAACAAAAAUCAUAAAUGCGUUUUUUGUAGAAUCUGCGAGCAUGGAAAAAAGAGCAUUGUUGGAGGAGUUACUGGAACUUCAGAAGAGGAUCGAUGAAUUGACACCAGUUAUUGCGGAAAAGGAAGUGAAGUGAGUGGUUUGGAAAUAUUUAUUUAUCUGAAUUUUCCGGUGUUUUCACAGAAAAUUCUAUUUUCCGGUUUUCCGAAAAGUGAUUUUUUGUAGUAACAUCUCCAAGAUUGCCCAAAAAUCUGAAAAAAAAUUAUCAUUUUGAUUUUUGGAACUGAAAACAUCUCAGAGCAAAAUCCAGAUAAAAAUAAGUUUUACAGCAAUUUUCUGUGCUGAAAUUGAAACUUUGAAGACUUCGAAAUUUUUCUAGAUUUUCCUGAUUUUUCCGGGUUCUGAAAAAAUUCGAAAAUGUUUUUUUUUCAGAAUUGCUCAAGUUGAGAAUGAAAAGCUGGAGCUCACAAAAAGGUUGAGAAUCGCAAACACUGAUAUUUCAAACCUCCAAGUAUCUAUAUCCCAAUUCAAAGAGGAAAUUCUUUUGAAAAACAACAAAGUCAAGGAAUGUUAUGAAGAUAUGAAAGCAACGGAAAGCCGGAUUCUCGUAGUUGAAUCAGAAUUGAAAACUUGUCUUCAAAAAGAUUUGAAUAACCAAGAUCGAUUGAGUAAUUAUUCUCAACAAAUUCGAGAAUUCGAGUUGAUUCAGGCUAAUGAUAAAAAACUAAUUGAUCAAUUAAUGAGUGAAAAUGGAACCCUAAUCAAAGACAAUGCUAGACUAACCACUAAAAUAAAUCGACUAGAAGAGCAAUCUCUGAAAUCGAGCACAAAAGAAAGAGAAGUUCGAGAAUCUGUGAUACAAAAUGAGGCAUUGACAGAAGUCAGAAGUAAUUUGUUGGCCGAAAAACAAAACUCACAGAUUUUGAGCAAUAAGUUAGAUGCGAUACGGCAGAGAUGUUUGGAUUUAGAGCGGACGGUGAGCAGGGAAAUUAAAUUUUCAACAAAAAAAACAACUUUCUAGAUCGAGGACCGUGAUAAAAGUGAGGAAGAACAGUUGACAGAGAGAUUGAGAAUUGAAAAAGAGCUCAAUGCAUUGCACGCACUUUCAAAGUGAGUUUUGGGAAAAAGAAAAAAUUAUGUGCAGAAAAGUUAUACAGAGCAUUUUUCGAAAUUAAUUCAGAAUUUCUUAAUUAUAUUUCAAAAUGUUCAUUUAGUUUUUCCAGAUUUAUCGAUUUUUAAAUAUUUUUAGAUCCCUCUCCUCUGAAAACAAACUGCUCCGCGAAGAAAAACUAGCCAAUGAAGAACUCAUCGAUGAACUUCGAGGCAAAGUUCGAGCUCUCGAAGCAAACAUCCGAUCAGCUCAAGAAAUCUACAACGAAAAGGAAAAACAUCAUAAUAUGCGGAUAAUGGAGUUAGAAGAAGAAGCUCGAAGAAAACAUCAGAGGUAUUUGGAAUUUGAGGAAAUUUCGACAAAUCUUCAGCAAAUGACAUCGCUUUUACCAACUAAAACAUCAAGUAUGACGUAUGAUUGUAACAAAAAAUGA